AUGCAACUACUUCUGCUUGUCGCUGUGAUAGGAAGUGGUCAUGCGUUUCUGUUCGGCGGAGGUGGUGGUGGUGGCUGUGGAUGCGGAUGCCCAGCACCCCCCGCCUGUGGAGGGGCAGCUCAUUCCUCGGGUGGAUAUGCUGUUCCACCAAAAGGUUACGCAGUUGCGCCAUCGAGUGGUGGGUAUGCAUCGGCACCUAUUGCUCCACCUCUACCAUCAUACGCUGGUGCAUCUUCUGGUGGAUAUGCUGGAGCGCCACCACCUCUUCUGCCUUCAUAUUCUCGGUCAGCUGCAUCCUAUGGCGCUGCACCAUCUGGUGGGUACGCUGGUGCUUCCCAACCCUCAUAUGCAGGCUCUGGCGGAGGAUCUUAUGCUGGUUCAGCGUCCGCUGGAUAUUCAGGAGCCCCAAUUGGGGCAGCCUCUGGCUCGUAUUCAGGAGCCCCAAUUGGGGCAGCCUCUGGCUCGUAUUCAGGAGCCCCGACUGGUGGAGCUUUUGGCUCGUAUUCAGGAGCCCCGAUUGGGGCGGCCUCUGGCUCGUAUUCAGGAGCCCCGACUGGUGGAGCUUCUGGCUCGUAUUCAGGAGCCCCGACUGGUGGAGCUUCUGGCUCGUAUUCAGGUUCCCCGACUGGGGGAGCUUCUGGUGGGUACUCAGGUGUUCCAAAUGGGCCAGCUCCUGGUUCGUAUUCAGGUGAACCAACUGGACCAGCUCCCGGCUCGUAUUCUGGGGGACAGAUUGGAGCAGCUUCUGGUGACUACUCAGGAGGCCCAAGUGGAGGUGCUUCUAGCCAGUAUUCAGGAGGUGCUAAUGAGCCGCCUGCUGGUGGAUAUUCUGGCGAACCCGUUAACCAAGCUCCCGCGCAGAACUACGGCGGACCGGAGCAAAGCGGACCACCUCCAGGUGGUUAUAACGGUCCUGUACCUGGCUCUCCAAGCGAUGGUGCGCCUUCAAAUAAUGAAGUUUCCACUUCAGUUGGUUCUUCUGGAACCUACAAUGAUCAACAAAGCAGGUUCCAACGACAUAUCUAA